AUGGUUGCAGUCAAAGCUCCCGGCUUCGGCCUCAAGGUCGACGGCAAAGACGCCCGUCCCAGGUUCCCCAAUGCCAUUUCGGGCUGGCGCAGCAACGGUGUCCCGGUCCGCGAGCAGCGCAUGCUCGCCUUCAUCGAUCGCAUCUCGGAUAAGCCCAAUUGGGAAACCAAGGUGUUUGACGAGACGAUCCUCGCCAAGUGGCGCGAGGAGGCGUCGGCGCGGCCUGAGGAUCUGAACGGCGACGUUGUGCUUUCGGAGGAAAUGUUUGACUUUUGCAUCAAAGAACUGCAAGACAAGGCCGAAACCUUCAAGAAGACGGGGCUCGUCAACAUCUACGACUCCGAGGUCACCAUCGUCAAAUCCGACACGGCCGUUUCCGAAGACCUGCGCCAGUCCCUAAUCCAGGCCGUCAAGGUCCUCGAAGACGUGCCGGACCACAAAAGGACUGGCACCCCGGCUCGGAGGGGACCGUCCUCGACCUGCUCCAUCCUUCGCUCCUCCCGAGGGCGGCAAAAAGAGUACGGCUCGUUCCAGUGGCUGCCGACCGACGUCGAGCUCACCGACUCGGGCGCCAAGUUUCUCGGCUACGUCAACAACCUGCACCCGGAGCGCCACGCCGAGGUGGUCAAGGUCCUCGAGAAGAUGGUGGACGCCGCGCUUCCCCUGUGGAACGAGAGCCUGAGCGGCUACUACUUGAGGCCGCGCAUCGACCUCGCGGGGACGGGUUCCGACGACUGGUGCUAUCCCGAGGGGCUCAAGUAUCAGAUCCCCGGCAGGGAGGGACCGAUGUCGUGCCACUUCUACGACUGGAAGACGUCGAACCGCAUCCUCGUCUACAGGGAGCCGCGCGCCUACGAGCCCCAGGCCAGCCUCCCGAAAACCCACUGCCGGGACCUAGAAGACCUGGUGACGGACCUGAAGAAGCAAUCGCCCGACAACACGAUCCAAGUCAUCGUCAAGCUCGCCAACAUCGAGCUCACGCCAGAGAACCCACACUACGCGGGCGGGAGCUGGCACGUGGAAGGCGCGCUCAACGAGGGCAUCUGCGCCACGGCCAUCUACUACUACGAGCAAGACAACAUCACCGACAGCCACCUACGUUUCCGGCAGGGCCUCGACGCGGAAGAAAUCAUCAUGCUCCCCGAGCAAAACGAGUACGAGAGCCUCGAGCGCUUCCUCGGCGUGGAGCAGGAAGGUUCCGCCGUGCAGGAGCUGGGCGAGGUGCUCACGCGGGAGUCGCGCAUGCUCGUGUUCCCCAACUGCAUGCAGCACCAGGUGCAGCCCUUUGAGCUCCAGGAUCCCACGCGCCCGGGCAGGCGCAAGAUCUUGGCCAUGUUCCUCAUCGACCCCAACCGGCCGGUGCUCUCGACCUGCAACGUGCCGCCCCAGCGCAGGGACUGGUGGGCGGACGAGGUGCGUCGGCAAAACGCGCUUGACAAGCUGCCGGCGGAGCUGUUUGACCACACCGUCGGGCUGGUGGACGAUUUCCCCAUCUCGUGGGAAAAGGCGCUCGAGUACCGUGAGAAAUUAAUGGAAGAGCGGUCUAAUAUGAAUGACAAGGUGACGGACGAGAUCAUUUCUGAGGCCUUCAGUUUCUGCGAGCAUUAA